UCUCGCGAGGCCGCCGCCCGCCCCGCGCGCGUCACCGGCGGAGCGGACGGGGACAACAUGGCGGAGCGGCGGCGGCAUAGGAAGCGCGUCCAGGAAGUUGGUGAGCCAUUCAAGGAGGAGAAGGCUGUUGCUAAAUACUUGCGAUUCAACUGUCCAACAAAAUCCACCAACAUGAUGGGCCACCGAGUUGAUUAUUUUAUUGCCUCAAAAGCUGUGGAUUGCCUCCUGGAUUCUAAAUGGGCAAAGGCCAAGAAAGGGGAGGAGGCUCUCUUUACAACCCGAGAGUCUGUAGUUGAUUACUGCAACAGACUCCUGAAAAAACAGUUCUUUCAUCGAGCAUUGAAAGUGAUGAAAAUGAAACCUGACAAGGAUACAAAGAAAGAAAAGGAAAAAGGAAAGGCUGAAAGUGGGAAAGAAGAGGAGAAAAAGAGCAAGAAGGAAAGUGGCAAAGAUGAAAAAACUAAGAAGGAGAAAGAAAAGGAAAGGAAAAAGGAUGGUGAAAAAGAUGAGUGUAAGAAGGAUGACACCCCAGGAACACCCAAGAAAAAGGAAACUAAGAGGAAAUUUAAACUUGAGCCACAUGAAGACCAAGUUUUCUUGGAUGGAAAUGAGGUGUAUGUGUGGAUCUAUGACCCCGUUCACUUUAAAACUUUUGCCAUGGGACUUGUACUUGUGAUUGCCGUUAUAGCCGCCACCCUGUUCCCGCUCUGGCCAGCCGAGAUGCGUGUCGGUGUUUAUUACCUCAGCGUGGGCGCCGGCUGCUUUGUCGCCAGUAUUCUGCUCCUUGCCGUCGCUCGCUGCAUCCUUUUCCUUAUCAUCUGGCUCAUCACUGGAGGAAGGCAUCACUUCUGGUUCUUGCCAAACCUUACAGCAGAUGUGGGAUUCAUUGACUCCUUCAGGCCUCUGUACACGCAUGAAUACAAAGGACCAAAAGCAGACUUAAAGAAAGAGGAAAAAUCAGAAUCCAAAAAGCAGCAAAAAUACGACAGCGAGGAGAAAUCAGAUAGUGAGAAGAAGGAAGAGGAGGAUGGAAAAACAGAAGCCACGAGGAACUCGGGAACAGACGGCUCAGGAGGAGAGCGACAUUCAGACACUGACAGUGACAGGCGCGAAGAUGACAGGUCCCAGCACAGUAGUGGCAAUGGAAACGACUUUGAAAUGAUCACAAAAGAGGAACUGGAACAGCAAACAGAUGAAGGGGAUUGUGAGGAGGAAGAGGAGGAAGAUACCGAAAGUGGGCCUUCACAUGGAAAAUCAUAACUCACUGUGGUUUGGGACUAAGUAUGUGCAAAUGGUUGGGAUUUUCUUUGUUGGCUGAUCACCAAAACAUAGACCAUACAGUAGCAUCUUCGUUUGCUGAAAUAUCUGUGUUACCAAACAGUUUUAUAUCUAGUUCCUACAUUUUUUUUUAACCAUUAACUUGAUUACUUGAUACUAUGUUAAUCAUUAAUAUCCAUUUACGGAAGUUUUAUCAAUUUGACAAGUUUUCUAUUGAUUGAUAGAUUGCCCAGAUUGUCCUCAAACAUACUGAAAAACAUCAUUUUCUGGUACUUGCAUAACUGGUGAAUUAGUUUAGCUUCUCAAACUUGCUUUUGUAAACCAGAUAAAAGUUGAAUGACCAAAUCUCAGAUUAUUCCUAGUUAUACUCAUCUGAUAGUUAGGUAAAGCCCUUCUUAGCCCACAGCCUUCUUGAUAUUUUUCUUGAUUUUGUUUUCAAAAGAUUGUGAGAACUUUCCUGAGAAAACUAGUUUUAGCAGAAGUAUUUUGCUGACAGUAGAGGAGCUGGUAGUGCUGAAUUUGGCUGCAGUGUUCUCUGUUUCUCCAGCCUGUGUGCCAGCAACUGAGGAAAUCCAAACUGGUUUUGUGCAUCCGGUGCAGAGAAGAGAUGUCAUCUCCAGCAGGUGAAGGAAGCAGCAUGGUUUGGAAAUGAUGGCUGUUUUCUUUCUCCUGUUCCAUCAUAAUUAAAAAAAAAAAUGUAUUCUGUACAUAAUUUACGAAUAAAGCAAACCAUUUACUUUAACUGCUACUUAUUAUUUAGAGAUUUGAUCCAGCAUUCAGUUUGUAUUAUUGAAGCCAUGUUGUGGUGUAUCUAUCAGAGAAAUGCAAGUCGAGAGGACCUCACAGAGUAUUUGUGUAUGAUUGGUAGCUGUUCCACAGAAGCUUUAGUUUUGUGCCAACAUUCCAUGUAUUUGAGUAAAUUGAUCUUUAUUAAAUGAAAGCAAACACCA